CUCUUCGUCGGAUUAGAAUUUAGAAUAUAAAUGAGAAAUCAUUAACCGAAUUCUUCCUCUUCUUCGUCUUCCUCUUCUUCUGAGUCUGAGUCUGAGUCUGAAACGAUUGAGAAAAGAAGGAUCUGUUUUUGCAGUUCUGUUCUUCCUUCCCCUGUUUUUGUGUGUCUCGCCAUACUCUGAUUUUUGCUCUGCCGUAUCUUUUUCCCUUUUUCUGUUGGGUUUACUGCCUUCAUUUCGUCAUUUUUCUAUACCCGAAAAAACUAAUCAUUAGUCCAGGAAUUAUGGGUUUCUGUUGAGAAAAUUAAAGGAAAGUAAUCCGUUCUUGGUUGCGUCGCGUAUGUUCAUUUCCUCCUUCUAGUUUUAGCCUCUGUUUUUCAUUGAAACCCGUUUCGGGUUUGGGUGUUUUCUCUGUUUUGGCUAUUUUUCUUUCUGGGUUGUUUCCUUUUUGGAUCAAAAAGGGUUAAAAUCUGAAGGAUUGAAGAAACGAAUUUGGGUUUUCUUUUUCUUAGUUCAAAUAGUUCGUGGGUUUCCUCAUUACCAGCGAGGAAUCUGAGUGAAUAAAAGAAGAAGAAGAGAAGAAUCCGUAAGAACACGGUUUGUUUCUCUCAAAUCCCGACAAUAUUUCUGGUCUGUUUUCUGGAAUGGCGUCGAAUUUGGAUUGUUUUCUUCAUUGCACAACCCCAGUGGUUCAAUCCCAAUUUCUCCCCAAGACAGAAAUCAGGAAUCUCAAUCGAGUAUGGCAUCCAUGGGAGAGAGAAAACAUGGAAUAUUUUUCUCUGAGUGAUAUCUGGAACUGCUACGAUGAAUGGAGUGUUUAUGGAGCCAAAGUUCCAAUCACUUUAAGCAAUGGAGAAACAUUAACUCAAUAUUACGUCCCUUAUCUCUCCGCCAUCCAAAUCUUCACUGGUUUUAGGGUGGAAACAGAGUCCGGCGACGGAGAUUCUUACAGCGAUUGUUGCAGUGAAGAGAGUGAUAGCGAUAAACUAUGGAGAUGGGAUGGAACUGGAAGCAGUUCCUCUGAAGAUGGAGGAUCCGAACAAGAAUCACUUCUGCAUCAAAAUGAUCGAUUGGGUUACCUUUACUUUCAAUUCUUUGAGAAAUCAACUCCAUAUGGAAGAGUCCCUUUACUCGAUAAGAUCAAUGGAUUAGCUCGAAGAUUCCCAGGUUUGAUGACAUUGAGGAGUGUGGAUCUGUCGCCAGCAAGCUGGAUGGCUGUGUCUUGGUACCCAAUUUAUCAUAUUCCCAUGGGAAGAACUAUCAAGGACUUGUCCACUUGCUUCCUCACUUACCAUACUCUGUCAUCUUCAUUUCAAGAUAUAGAGAUGGAGGAGGAGGGAGAGAUGAAGCGGCAGCGGAGGGAAGCCGGGGAAGGGAUAGCGGUGGCGGCGUUCGGGGUGGCGACGUACAAGAUGCAAGGGAGUUUGUGGGUGUCGGGUAACGGCGGUCGGGACCAGGAGAGGCUGGUGGCGCUGUCGAGCGUGGCGGAGUCAUGGCUAAAGCAGCUGAGAGUCCAACAUCAUGACUUCAAUUACUUCACUGGCCUUCGCCAUGGCUAACACAAUGAGUCAAUCAUAUAUCAUUUUCUUCUGCUUAAAAACCCAUCAAUUUCAUACUCUUAAUGUAUUCAAAGUUUUAAUCAAAUAUACUGAUCGUUUUGGUUUGGUUUAA